AUUAAAUUUUGUUUAAAUAAAUGUAUAAUAUAUGUUUAAUAAAUAAAUAUAAGAUAAAUGAUUUUCAAUUUUUAAUUAUCAAAAAAUAAUGGAUGAUAGUUAUUAUAAGUGUUAAAAUCUAGAUAACAGUUUAAAACAAUAUAAAGUAAUGAUGUAUCACACUUUAAAAAUAUGAAAUGAUGAUGUGGUGUCAUGAGAAAAUAUGCUAUUUAUUUUAUGAACGCUAAAGCCUAGAUAUACAGCAAAAAAUAAAAUAAACAAUCUAAAUUUUCUUAAAGUAAUAGUGUGUUAAAUUAUGUACUGAUGAUGUGGUAUUAUGAUAAUCCAUGGUUUAAAAAUCUGUGUAAUUAAAAAGCUACUUAUCAAAAUCUAUAUUCAUGAAGAGUUUUCUAAAUAUACAUUUAAGAGGGUUUUGAAAUGCACAUUAAUAAAAGCUUUCUUAAAAUUUAUAAAGAUAUUAUACAUAUUUAUCAGUAUCUUCCUAAAAUUUAAAAGAUAUUUAUUUUUUUGAAGAAAGGCUUUAAAUGAUAUUACACUUAUUUAGUAAUAUUUCCUAAAAUAUGCAUAUAAUUCAAAUUUAGGAAGAUAUCAUACACAUUCAUAAAUGUUUCCUUAAACUUUUUAUUGAAAAAUAGUUUCUCAUAAUUGUUUUUGGAAAAUUUCAAUUUUAAGUACUAUUUUAAAUUAUUUCUCUUUCACAAGAUUUUUAAAAUCUACCCUAUAUAAAUAAUCCUCCUAAUAAUCUCAGAACUAAAUAUUUAUGAACAUUAUUUCCUAUCAGUGAAUAUCAACGAAUGCGAAGAUGCCCCGGGCUAUUCCAGCAAACGAGGACCAUUUUUCUAUGCUUGAAACUAUGUUUGGUUUUCAGGAAGGUUCACUUCAAAGAGAGCACUUGAAGAGUAUGUUACUUAACAAUAUCCAGCGUCGAAAGUCUCGAAAUGAAAAACCACCCGUUGAACCAUCGCCAUACGAGACUAAUUAUCCCAAGUCCCAAUGUCUCGUGAGAAGCGUCAAGGCUAUUGUGUUCCUCGCACUUCUGGUUCUGGCAAGCCUCGUUAUCAUCAUAACUUUUGAUGUUGUGACAAUCAAAUACAUGUUACUUUGCAUGCUAGCAUUCAUCUCAUUCGGAUGUGUAGUUUCACAGCUUAUUGUACGAGCAUGGAAGCCUUUAAGUCAAUGGUUAGGGCUCUGCUCAUCGGGAGGACGCGGGCUUGGGGCUAUGAACUCGUGAUCGGUUUUAUAUUUGAACGUUUGCUUCUAAAUGACUAUCGAUGUGUCGACAUUUAUAUUUUAUAAAAUUUAUAUUUUGAUACAAGCUGUUUUACAAUAAUACCAAAUCUUAAUCUAUAUAUUGAUUUAAGUAUUAAGUA